CAAAGGUGUGACUGCAUGAGACCGUGUUAGUUUGUGUUUGUAAUCCACACAAGUUUCCAGCAAAAGGAGACUGGAGUCUGAACGCUAACUGGAGCGCCGCCCUGGAGGAUGUCGGAGCUGAGUGACGAAGCCAGCGAGUCGGAGCAGCUGGGCGCCAGCCUGUCCUUGUGGCUGGGGGGCACCGGAGGGCAGUUAGUGCGCCUCGAGGAACUCGACGUUCCCCUGGACCUCCACACCGCCUGCUCCAUCGGCCAGUACGACGUGGUGGCGGAAUGCAUCCGCAGACGAGACGUAGACCUGGACUGUAAGAACAUCGGUGGAUGGACUCCUCUGAUGUACGCUGCCUAUAUUGGGCAUGACAACAUUGCAAACCUUUUGCUUGAGGCCGGAGUGAAUGUGAACGCCACCACCCCUAAGGGGCAGACGCCUCUUAUGCUGGCAGCCAGCUGUGGAAACGAGAGCAUUGCCUACUUCCUGCUGCAGCAAGGUGCAGAGAUGGAAAUGAAGGAUGCGAGGGGCUGGACGGCUCUGUUCCACUGUACCAGCACUGGACAUCAGCAGAUGGUGAAGUUCCUGCUGGACAAUAAUGCCAAUGCCAACAUCAAGGAACCCAUUUCUGAAUUCUCCCUCUUAAUGGAGGCCGCUGCUUCAGGACAUGAAAUAAUCGCUCAGUACCUCCUAGAGCACGGGGUAAAGGUGGAAGAGAGGAAUGCUAAGGGCGAGACAGCCCGUGCCCUGGCCAUUCUCUAUGGUCACACCAAGAUUGCCAGCCUCAUCGACAUGCAUUGUGCCAGGUCCAAAGCAGGGCACUUUGAGGACCUCAGCUCUUCUGAAGACUCGGACAGCGCUCCCCGAAGGCCACGCCUCGCCCGCAGCAAAAUCAAGGGGCCCAGCAUUCACGAUGGACCACAGGCCAUAGCCAAGUUUGGAGUGGGAGGCACCGGCAGACACUACGAACCCACAGUGGCCCCCCCAGGCUACGUGACAUUCCGAGACAUGGGGGAGCAAAACGAUAGAAUUUGUAACCGCGACGUCACUUCGCCCAUCAAUGAGCUGGACGGGCAGAGCAACAGCAGCAGAGACGACAGCCCCUUCUUCUACAAUGACAUGCCCACCAUGAGGAGCAGCAGCAGCAGCAGCGAGGGCUUCCCUCGCAUGGCAGGCCUGAGUCACGAGGCCUCGCUGGAGAGCAGCGAGGACUCCGACCAGGCGAAGAGGAGCUCGGCCCGACGGGGCAAGAGUCACCAUCACAAGGGCAGGAAUCGCCACGGAAGCAGCGAGAUCUCUGGCAUUGGCGGCAAUGGCACCUGUCAGAUGCCCGGGCUUGCCGGGCAACACCCUGCCUACACGGGCCCCAAGGACUUGGUUGAGUUUCUUGAACAGAUUGGCUUCUCAAAGUACCUCCCUUUGCUGGAGGAGCAGGACAUUGACCUGCGCAUAUUCCUCACCCUCACCGAGAACGAUCUAAAGGAAGUGGGCAUCACGCUCUUUGGGCCCAAGCGGAAAAUGACUUCUGCCAUUGCCAGGUGGCACAGCAGAGCCAGGCCCCCUAGCGAUGCCUUGGAACAGGCCUACGCUGACCGACUGGAGGCCGAGAUGCAGGAGAUGGCCAUACAGCUGCACAAGCGCUGCGAGGAGGUGGAAAUCCUCCAGGGCCAGGUGUCGCAGGAGAAGGAGCUGCGCACAGUAAUGGAGGGAUGUCUGAUGGAGGACAAGACAGCCUGGAGAAGAGUGCACGCUGAGCUGGUAGACCUCCACAGGCUGGCUCAGGAGAUGGGCGCCGACCUGGAGAAAACGCGAACCUGUCAGAGGGAGCUCUUCUCGCGCCUGUGGAGCGACAGAGUCAUCGUACCUGGUGAAGGCAAGGUCAGGCUCAAAGCAGAGACUGGUGGGAAAGGAAAUAAGAUUUUGGAGGAAUUUAAAUCCCUGGGCCUCACAGAGCUUAUGUUGAAGAUGGAAGCUUAUGAGAAUGAGAUGGGAAAGAAUCUCCAGGUGCUGACCCAAAGCCUGAGGAGGCUAAGUACCGCAGAGAAGGUUACAGAGAACUGGGAGGCAUCCUAGUAGAGACCAAGCUUCUCCUUGAUGCAGUUUCUGACGGAGGGUGAGACCGCCACCCUAGACAAGCUUGUGAGAGAAAAGGAGGGCUUGGACCAGGCACAGCAGGAGCUCGCCAUGGACAUGACAAGCAGGCUGGAGGGCAGCUGUCUCCCUACCCAUAAGCCUGUGCUGGAGCCACCUGGGCAUGGGGAGCUGUUCUGUGCAGAGUAGGUGGGGGGCAGGUCCAAUAGAGGGAGUCACCUGUAAAUUGAUCUGCCUCUUGUUCUUCCCCUCUCUCUCACACACCAUUUAAGACAACUGACACACCAAUGUGUUCUGCAUGAAUUUGGUGUAAUAAGUAGUAAGAAUGUGAAUUACAUGAAAUAAACAUUGUCCUUGAAUUUGACUACCUAGACAGAAAAUGCUUUUCUGAACACAAAAGAAUGAAAUGCAAAGACUUUCCAUUAGCUGUUAAAGUGCCAGAAAGAAAUUCUUGCUGUUGGUGGGUUUUUUUUUUUUUAAAUCAUCUACUCAAGUGCUAAAUGAAUUUGAAGCCUAUUGUCUGUGAUAAUCUCUUCUACACCCUUUAUUACACCCCUUGUUUUGUGCAGAGGAUUAUGUAGAUUUGGCACAGUGGCACUGUUGUCUAAAACGGAAGCAGACUCUUUUCUUGAUGAUUGAAUUUAACAUCAUUCCUGCUGUCAUUUGAGGAGAGAACUGCAGCCAGCAAAAGCAUUUUAAUCACCAAGACAGACACACUUUGGUAGUUUGUGUAGUCAAGGGUGUUGAAUGUUACUUGUAAAGAGGGCUUAUGCCAAAGUAGUAAUUGCCCACUGCAGGUAGAUGAAUUUACAUGAGUUUGUAGAUGUUCUGUGAGAUGUUGGAGUUUUCUGUAUGUUCAGCUUAUACCACCAUUUUUACAUUAGAACAAUAUAUGAAGAAACCAUUAAUGAUUCCUCAUGCCCCCCCAAAUUGUUUUUGCACUUUAAGCUUUGAGUAACAAAGAAUGUUACUUGUAAAGAGGUGCUUGAUUAAAUUCAGUUGAAAGACUUUACCACACUAAACUGACCAGAUACUAACAAAUGGAAUAUUACCUUACAGGGAUAUGGAAUACAUUUACAUAGCAAAAGCUCAAAUGACCAAGGAAGCCCUUUAUUAGUUUUUCUAUAAGUCUUCUUGCUUUAGCAUGAUGUGUGGAUAUCAGGCUUCACAGACAAGGCAGGCAAUUCAUCUCCAAUUUACUGAUUAGCUUAACAGGGACUAGAAUGCAAAUCAGCAGGCAAGGUCACAAACACCAGCAGCAGUUGGGCAUGUUUCAAAAAUCAGUUAUGUGCUGCUGACACUCAAAGCACACCAGACUUUUUUGUAGAAAACUGAACUGACUCAGAAGCAACAGCAGUUGUUUGACUGAAGUUGUGGUGAAAUGAGUGGGGGGGCAGGCAUUGAUUACACAUUCACUGAUACGUGGUGUAUCAUUAGCUGCUCUUUCAUCUACAAAAUAUGGAAAGGUUAGGGUAAAUAUUUAGGAUCAAAGUAUGGAGUAUUAAAGAGCUCUUCUUUUAAACCAGUGCCCCUGCCGAAAGCCCAUAUUUUACCAAUUUCAGGGUGGUAUUGAUGUAAUGCAACCCUGAACAUUCCAAAACUUUUAAUUACGCUUCAAAUAUCAGCAAAUAAGGUCACAAAACAUUUACUAUAUUAUACAUUUAUUAAUAAAAAACUAUACGCUAGGGCCUGUCCUGUUUUUAAGUAGGCCAAAAAUUCUGUUGUAAUCAGACUGCCAAUGGCUACACAAAGUCCAAGAAAAACACAAAAUAACAUUUAUACAUGGAAGUGUAGUUAUAGCCAGCUUCUUGAUCUAUUAAAAUGGGUCAAGAACAUAUGAGGAAAAGCAUUAUUAUAUACAAAGAAGCAAAAAAACAGCAUUCCUGUAAUAGAUGUUUCAAAGCAUGCUAUACAUGUUUGGUUUUCUUCAUUGUGGGUAAAGGAAAAGCACCUGUACCUGCAUGACAGUUCUGUGUACCAGGAUUU